AUGAUAGUUUUUUGCAGCCAUCAGAGCAGCCGAUUGUUGACUGUCACCACGCAGGCCGAGCCCUACCGCGUCGACUUCAAACUCUCCUCAUGCGACCUGGCAUUUGCCAACUCCCUCCGUCGAGCCAUCCUCGCCGAAGUCAACACCGUCGCCCUGGAUUUGGUUGAAAUCGAGAGCAACACCUCGGUGCUCCCCGAUGAGAUGCUUGCCCACCGACUGGGCAUGAUCCCUCUGAACUCGAAGAACUGUGAAUCUGAUCUAGAAUAUACGCGUGAAUGCGAUUGCGAGGACCACUGUGUGCGCUGUAGUGUGACACUUUCUCUGCACACACGAUGCAGCAGCGGGAUCAUGCCUGUCUACGCGCGUGAUCUCAUCGUCCAGGGCGAACGGAUGAACGACACAAUCGGAGAUCCUGUCAUUACGGACAAGGAGGGCAAGGGGGCUCUCAUCUGCAAGCUCCGGAAGGGUCAGGAAAUCAAGCUCACCUGCCUGGCUAAGAGGGGUACCGCUAAGGAGCAUGCGAAGUGGGCACCCACCUCUGCUGUGGGAUUCGAAUACGACCCCCACAACAACUUGCGCCACGUGGACUACUGGUACGAGCAGGAUGCGAAGAGUGAAUGGCCUAUCUCCGCCAAUUCCCAGUGGGAGCCCGCCGCAAACCCCGAUAUGCCCUUUGACUACGAUGCCGAGCCGAACAUCUUCUACAUUGACGUCGAGAGCAUCGGAAACCUUGAGCCCGAUGUCAUCAUCCAGCAGGGCAUUAACAUCCUUAUGAAGAAGCUCGCUACCACCAUCUCAGAGCUCUCAGGUGAGAGUGCACACGGUCAUGAAGAUGCGGAGAUGCUGGGCGCUGGAGACCCCGACGCCUACGAGCCUCCAGAGGGCAUUGAUGGCAACCUGACCUCGUACGGAAAUGGUGGUGCCAAUUCAUGGGGGGCCAGUGCCCAAACCCCCUACGGUGCUACGCCAUAUGGGCAGAGCGCCUACGGGUACUAA